AAAUGGCUUCGUUCCGGGGCUUAUCUUGCAGUAUCGCUUUGUGCUCGCUAAUCAUCAGCUUCUUCUUCGUUCCAUUAGCUUCAGCUCAGCUGUCGCCGACGUUCUACAACACCUCAUGCCCGAAUGCUCUCUCCAUCAUUCGCACCGCCGUGAGAGCAGCAGUGGCCAGGGACCGCCGCAUGGGUGCUUCCUUGCUCAGGCUUCACUUCCACGACUGCUUUGUUCAAGGAUGUGAUGCUUCUUUAUUGCUGGAUGACACUUCGACCUUCACAGGGGAGAAGACCGCCAACCCCAACAACAACUCCCUGAGAGGAUUUGAGGUCAUCGACGCCAUCAAGUCGAAGCUGGAGAGCGCCUGCAAGCAAGUCGUGUCCUGCGCCGACAUCGUCGCCGUCGCUGCUCGCGACUCGGUCGUCGCGUUAGGAGGACCGACAUGGACGGUUGAAUUGGGCAGGAGAGACUCCACCACCGCAAGCUUGAGCUCCGCGAACACCGACAUCCCCGGUCCCACCGCCGACCUCCGCACUCUCAUCUCUUCUUUCUCCGGCAAAGGCCUUAGCGCCUCCGACAUGGCAGCCCUCUCCGGGGCUCAUACGAUAGGUCAAGCCCGGUGCUUCCUGUUCCGAGCCCGAAUCUACAACGACACGAACAUCGACCCCUCCUUUGCGUCGUCGUUGCAGUCGAACUGCUCGAGCUCUGGCGGCGACAACGAGCUGUCGCCGCUCGACUCGACGACGCCGACCGUGUUCGACAAUGACUACUACGCCAAUCUGGUGAGGGAGAGAGGGCUCCUGCACUCGGACCAGCAGCUGUUCAUGAAUGGAGGAGGGUCGGUGGAGUCUCAAGUCGGCUCCUACGCCACGAACUCUGCCAAGUUCUUCAGCGACUUCGCCAGCGCCAUGGUGAAGAUGGCAAGCAUUAGUCCUUUGACUGGUAGCAGCGGAGAGAUCAGGAUCAACUGUAGGAAGAUCAACUAAGAAAUCCAUGGGGUACGCUGUUGUGCAUUUGCAUUUGCAUGUUCCAGCAGUUCUCUGGCUCCAUGUUUUGGCAUUUUGCUUAAGAGAAGGGCAAAAUGUUACAACCAUUACCAA